AUGUCACCACAACAGCACGUACUUGCAGAGUUUUCACGAACGACCAUACAUGAUCCGCAAAAAGAUCCGCUUGCUUUUGCCAACGGACCUCCUAAAUUUACAACUUCAAAUCCCACUUUAAAUGGUUUGAUGUCGCUGUUACUAAAUGCCACAAACUCUCCAAAUUCAUCACUGAGUUCUUUGACGGAUUUAUUUGGUCCAGCUAUUUCUGGUCUGGCUACAAAUCCAGCUAACGCCACUGUUCCAGCAACAUCUUUAAAUUCGACGCGACAGGCUCGGCGUUUAUAUAUUGGCAGUAUCCCUCUUGGAAUAACAUCCGAAACAAUGGUAACAUUUUUCAAUGCCGAGCUACAGACUCGUGGUUUAUGUCAGUCAGUCGGUGAACCAGUCGUUUGCGCACAGGUCAAUUCAGAACGACAUUUCGCCUUUAUCGAGUUAAGAUCAGUCGAAGAGACUACUGCUGCUUUAAGCUUGGAUGGGAUCAAUUGUCUUGGUAGCACACUUCGCAUCAGAAGGCCUCGAGACUAUUUCCCACCUGGAAUGAAUCCAAAUAUCCAUCUCGUUGGUCAUCUAAACUCAAAUUCUAUUUUCUUAACAGGAAUUCCCACGUCACUAUCAGAUUCAAGUCUAUGCCGACUUCUUUCAUCGUAUGGAACUCUGCGCUCUUUCAGUAUCCUGAAAGAUCCGUUGACUGCUUUGUCGCGAGGGUGUGGCUUUUUUGAGUUCACGGCAUCUGAGUCGGCUGAUUUGGCUUGUCUAGGACUUCAAAACCAUCCGGCAGGCGGAGGGAAAUUUUUUGCUAUUCGGGCCGACCACCUAUUAAUUCCGCCACCCGCAACAUCCGCUUCACUCCCUGAGGCCUCGCUCGUUGCACCCACUACUGUCCUCUGUCUCUCCAACAUGGUCUCCCCAAGAGACAUCGAAUCCCCAGAGGAGUAUGCCGACGUGCUCGAGGAUGUUCGGAGCGAGUGCUUGCGUCACGGUGCGGUUCUUUCGAUGCACAUGCCUCAGCCCAACUCCGCUCCCUCGUCAGCUCACCUGGGCAAAAUUUUUGUCGAAUUUGCGACUGUCCAGCAGGCGCAGGCAGCUAGUGUAGCAUUAAACGGGCGAAAGUACAAUGGUCGGACUGUAUCGACGAGUUUCUUUGAUGCUCGUCGUUAUGCCGCAGGAGACUUUUGA